AUGCCCUCAAGAUUAACACCUUGGUGUUACAUCUACAGCUCCAUUGAGAGGGUCAUGUGCCUUCCUAGCAACCAAGUUUGCUCCUCCCAGCAAUGGAAAUUGCUGGAUGGGGAGAUGGAAUCCUCUCUUGAGCUAUUGGAUCUCUGCAAUGCCAUGCCUGAGGAAUUUACUGAAUCGAAGGCCAUCGUCCAAGAUCUGCAAGUGUCUCUCAGAAAAGGAGAUGAUGCAGCAGUUCAAGCCAAGAUCCAGUGUUACUUCCGUUUGGUUAAAAAGGCGAAGAAACAUUUCAAGAAGGCUGCAAAGAAGGUCACCUCUGACAAGGAGGAUUGCAGGAUCCUGAGACUGUUGAGCGAGGCCAGGGAGAUCACUAUCUCUCUUCUUGAGUCGACAGUGCAGCUCCUGGCCAAGCAAAUUGCAAUGCCCAAAUCAUCUGUUGUCUUGAAGGCAUUCCAGAAGAAAAUUUCAGUUGUUUGCAAGGAGGAGCAAUUGCAGGUGUUAGAGUGCAACAUCAAAGAUCUUGAGGACGGAGCAGAACUUCUGUUCAGGAGAUUAAUCCAAAGCAGGGUUACACUCCUGAAUAUUCUCAGUUCGUAGAUAUUCCUCGAGAUAUAUCGUUUUUGACACCUGCGAUUGGCAUCCGCCUUUUAAAGGAUACAUCAAUCGCUCUAUAUUCAUCAUUUGUAUAGAACAAGUGUAUAGAAAAUAGCUCAAUGAAAAACCAAAGUUCUGGUUCACUUCAAGCUGUCAAUCUACUGCAGCUCAUCUGUACACAUGACACGCAUGCAUGUCUAUCUAUAGCGAACUAUCAAAUGAAUACAGUGCAAUAGAUUCACAACAGAUGCUGAUCACAUUCCGCUGCUAUUCAGGUUCAGCAACAUAUCCAGUUAUCCACUGAAGAAGCUCACUCUGCUUGUGU